AUGAGCAAAGUGGCAGUGAUAACUGGGGGCACCAGUGGAAUUGGCUUAGAUGUUGCAAAAGAUUUAGCCGAGUCCGGCGACUGGCGAGUCAAGUUGAUCGGCAGCAACUCUCAACGAGGCCAGGAAGCGGCAAGGUCAAUCCAGAAAGCAGAAUUUUGCCAGGCUGAUGUGGCCAAGUACAUAGACUUGGCAAAGGUGUUCGACAGUAUAUUCGCCGAAUUUGGCCGCAUCGAUUUUGUCUUCGCAAAUGCCGGAGUUGCUGAGCUCGAAGACUUCUUCGCUGCACAGCCUGACGCGGGCAUCCCACCUGAACCACCUCUGGGAUUGAUGCAAAUUAACCUGGACGGCGCCGUGAACACGGUCUAUCUAGCCAUGCAUUACUUUCGUCGAUCCUCAAAGCCCUUGUCCGGCAUGAAAAAUUUGAUUCUGACGUCCAGCAUUGGGGGCUUGUACCCGUGUGCUAGAACACCAGUGUACUCAGCAACGAAACAUGGUAUUGUCGGAUUGACACGAUCAAUUGCAGACAAACUUUGGCAGGAAGGCGUGCGUGUGAAUGCCAUCUGCCCUGGGGUGGUCAAGCCAGCGCUCUUGACCGACGAGCUAGAAGCGCUGUCCCCCCAGGAAGUACAGAUCCCGAUCCAAUACGUCACCGGUCUGGUACGAAAGUUGCUCGCUGGCGACGAUCUGACGGAUGGGAAAGGCUGUACUGUUCCUUCAAGCAAGCUGUUCUCCAAGACGCUGCAUAUUUCUCAUGAUGCCUUCUUUUUCAUCGACCAGCCAGAAUUCCACGACGAGUCGGGCCGUCUGACUUGGGAGGCCAUGAUGGAAAGAUGGAAGACCGAGUCAUCGUGA